ACAAAACGAAUGUCGUCGACGUUGCUGUUGUUCCGGGUGUGCGUGCGCGAGCGUGGUAUUUCCGGUAGGGAAGAGACCGAUGUAAACCCAAGCGUGUCAUCUUUUGAGGUACAGAUUUGGUGUCUAAUACCUGUCCAGUGUGUUCACCUGAGCAGGCAUAUGGAGCGUGUUGCCAGUGGACUGGGACCCUUGGUUCUGGGUAGCGUUGGGCUGAUGGUGAUGUACUAUGUGAUGCAGAGACUCCGCGUCAAAAACAGAGUUCAGGGUAGUGUGGUCGUCAUCACUGGAGCAAGUUCUGGACUAGGAAAAGAGUGUGCACGGAUCUUCCAUGCUGCUGGGGCACGUCUCAUUUUAUGUGGAAGGAACCCAGCGAGACUUCAUGAGCUUGCUGAAGAACUUGGAGAGACGACAGAUGGCAAAAAACAGACAUAUGCUCCCCGCAUUGUCACCUUUGACCUCUCCAACACGGAGAGAGUUGCUGUGGCAGGAGAGGAGAUUCUGAAGUGCUACGGUCACGUGGACGUCCUCAUCAACAAUGCUGGUAUCAGUUACCGUGGCAGCAUUGUAGACACCCAUGUCUCUGUUCAGCGGGAAGUCAUGGAGACCAAUUACUUUGGCCCAGUUGCUCUUACUCAGGCCAUUUUGCCCUCCAUGGUUCAGAGGUGCAGUGGACACGUUGUCGCUAUCAGCAGCAUCCAGGGGAGGAUCGCCAUUCCUUACAGAUCUGCCUAUGCUGCAUCCAAACAUGCCACACAGGCAUACUUUGACUGCCUCAGGGCGGAGGUGGAGAGAUUCGGACUGCAGGUGACCGUGAUCAGCCCCGGAUACAUCAAAACCAACCUGUCAGUCAAUGCAGUGACUGGAGAUGGAUCAAAAUAUGGAGUAAUGGACAAAACAACUGCAACAGGAAGUGAUCCAGUGGAUGUAGCCCAUAGUGUUUUGAGGGCUGUCAAUCAGAGACAGAAAGAUGUUCUGUUGGCUGGUCCACUGCCCUCUGUGGCUGUAUACAUCCGCACCCUCUGGCCCGCCCUGUUCUUCAAACUGAUGGCAUCCAGAGCUCGCAAAGAACAGAGGUUAAAAGAGGAGUGAAGGAGAGGACUAAAAUGAAAAGGAGACACAGGAAGAGAUCCAGGUGACAAAGACUAGAGAUGGAAGAGGAAGGGUUUGCAUUAAUGACGGACGGAAGGAACGGGACAUCCUGUUUGUCUUUCCUGUGCUGUGUCUGAACAUGCAAAAGUGUUUGGGUCUGUGAAUGUCAGUACAACUUGAAAACAUGAACCAUGCAGCAUUAGGCCUCCAGCGUUUGAGCUGUGGGAGAAGUCCAGUGCUUUCACUUUUCCACUAUGAUUGCUUGGUGACUCAAGAAGAUGAAGUGCUGUUGAUCCCUUGUGAAAACAUUCAAUGUAGUGUAUUAAGUUCAUAAGAAAGUUAUUGGAUGGAAUCCAACCUAUGUGUGAUUCAGAAAAUUAUGGAUUGGUGUAAAAUUAUUCAUGUUCACCACUGUUUGUUUGUUUUUUAAGCUAUUUCAGCAUGGGAAAAUAACCGCUGCCGUUUUGGUGUGUAAUGCUGGGAAAUGGCUUUGAAUAACUAAUAUUUAUUUUGGAAACUCAAAACCUAGCCCUCCUGUGCAAAUAAACAGGGUUUUUGAAAAUACUUUUCUCAUGAAAUUGUACCACACUGAAUUAAAAAUGAAUUGCAAAAUGAGUGCAUGAAACUUCUUGAUUUUUAUGUUAUAUGGACAACAUGCAUUUGAGUGCAUCUAAGAUGUAUAAUAUAUCUACCUCUAUAUAAUUUCAUUAGCAUUAGUUUACUAUUACUGGCUUAAGUAGGGGAUUUGACAGAGACAGUUAUUCCCCCAUAUGGGGCAUUUUUAAGUCCCUUUAUGUAUGUUUACACUGUUCCAUCGCUGUCAAAACAUAAUUCAGUCUACGUUCUAGACUAAUCACUCAAUAAAA